AUGAGCUUGGAAACUGCCGCUGCUGCAGGUGGCUUGAAGCAGCAACCAGCUUCAGACGUCACCGUUGUCAGCCUUAGCUCUACUUCAUCGGCCACGAGUAGACCACGCGUUUCUCGCACCCCUCUCAAUCUUCACUACAUGCGUUUCACACGAGCGAUUCGUAUCGCUAUCUGCCCGCGACUAAAUCUAACAAUGUCUGCAAUGAUAAUCUUGACCAUAAAAAUCGGAUCCGUUUAUAGUACCAGCAAUAAUAACGUUUCCGCCUCGAAUCUGAAGGUGGCAGCAACUCGUGGUCUUACGCGUGCACACCCUCAAAAUCAACUUCGUAAAGGGAAAAAGCAUGCGCGUAUACACGCGCCCCUCCACCGUCGUGGGCUUAUACAUCAACAGCACCAUGAGGAAGGAAUCAAGUCUAGUUCGCCUACCGACUCCCUCCCUCCUUUGUCUUCUGCUUUCUCACCUUCAUCCACCGCUACUGCAACAACCACUGCUACUACUACCCUCACUAAACGAAGGCUGCAGGCAUUCCUCUAUCCAGCUCACGUUGCUCACGACCCUUUCCUCUCCCUUGACCAACUUCGCUUCAGGCAAUUCGUUCUACUAGCCUCUUCUAACACUGACACUACUACUGCUGUUUCUACUACUAUUACCACCGGGAACUCGAAUUCGAAAUCGCAGGACGAGAACGAACAACAACCGAAUUAUCCUAAGAAAGAUAUCGUCACCUUACCGAUCCCAUCGUCUAAUUCUGUUUCUACUACUAUCACUAAGAGAUCAAGUACCGCUUGGGCACACCCUACAGACCGUCCUCGAUCAAGGAAUAAAGAAAGUUUAGACCACCAAGGCCAUCUUGGCCGUGGCUGUCAUCAUUGUAUUGAAAUACCUUGUUGCUGCCGGGAACGAUCGUCUAUUACCACUGCUGCUAACGAAAUCCACGCUAGGCAGAGAACUUCAUCUUUGUUGCCGCUUACUGCUACAAACCCUUUCUGUACUAUCACUGAGGAAGACGAAGAGCUGAAAAUGCCGCUUUCAUUGCGCGCAACCACAAUAGAAAACCAAACUAUCACCAUCCCAGCAGACUCUCCAUCUCAAAGUCCACUCAUCCUCGAACCUGCCCUAUCUACUAUCACCGACGCAUCAUCCACAUCCACAUCCUCCUCUUCUACAAUCAUAGCAGGAGAAAAUGGGAAUAAAGGAAGAAUGUGGUAUAGGAAAAUGAGUCAAUGGCCUCCUAGCGAGUUUGUCGAUCCCUUUGCGGCGGGUCCCAUUGUUGUGGUUGCCUCCUCAUCUUCUAGUAACGCUAAUGUGGGAGAUGUGAGAGGGGGACAUCAUGUUAAGAAGAAGAAUGUACCAGCGUGUGUGGAGAGGGUUGAGGUGAAGCUUUUGGAUGGGAAGAUCGUUGAUGCUGUUCUUGGAGCAUUACCUCCUGGACCAAAAUCGAAUGUCCCGCUACCACCAUACCUCAGAGGCACUCGCUUCGACUUCGACUUCUUUGAGUCUCGUUCCGAAUAA